AUGAUCAUUAAGGGAGACUUGGAGCGUAUGGCACAGGACACCGGGCAUGCAGGUGCUGGACUGAAGUCGAUGCUGGAUGCCAUGGAAGUUCCAAGUCAUGCGAGGGAUCUUCUGCUGCAGCUCAACAGCCAACGCACCAAGGGCUUUCUGUGCGAUGUCAUCAUUGUGGUUCAGAACGCGCUCUUCCGAGCUCACAAGAACAUUUUGGCUGCCAGCAGCCACUACUUGAAGUCAUUAGUGGUGCAUGACAAUCUAAUCAAUCUCGACCAUGAGAUGGUUAGUCCAGGGGUCUUCAGGGUCAUUCUGGACUACAUAUACACUGGCCGUCUUAGUGAAGGGGACUCCUCCUCUCCCUCUGAACCCAGUCUAGGGGCAGUGCUUGCCGCAGCGAGCUAUCUCCAGCUGCUCGACUUAGUUGCCUUGUGUAAAAAGAAGCUCAAAAGGAAUGGCAAGUACCUGCCCCGUCCGAGUCAUGCCUUUCUGCCCUAUCCUAAGAUGGGGCCUAAUAUGGGGCUAGGAAGUGGCCGGUACAGAAUUUCUACUCCUGUUAUUCAGUCAUGUCCACCAGGAGGAAUUUUAAACAGCCUUGCCCCUCGGGCACAACCAAUAGAUGAGCUCAUUCCCCAUCGCCUGGGCAUCCACACAGGAGAACUGUACGCCCCAACUUCAACACAGGCCUCUCAGGUGUUUCCCUCCCCUCCAAGUGGCCUGCCGGCACAGCUGGGCCUGCGCUCAGCCCACCCAGACACAAACUGCUCCCCAAUGUUCGGCCUUGAUCUCACCAAGAAAAGCCCUAAUUCACAGUCUCAGCACACGCCUAUUCAGUCCCACAUGUCCAGCAAUCAAAAUGAGGAGGAGCGAGUGGGCACUCUGAGUGGCCACACCAGUCCCAUGCACAGCAUUAAUGGGCAAGCCUUUCCUUCAGAUAAACUAGAGUCCAGUGAGCAGACAGGUUCUCUCUCUCCCCCUCCUUUCCCCCAUCUAAACCAGCCUCUGGGUCCCCACCUGUCCCGCUCCACUUCACAGAGCAAUGAACGAUUUCCAUGUUCAUCCAGCCCUGGAACUCCAACAGAGGGGGCUUUGACGGGCAGAGAGAUGGGUAACAUUUACCGCUGGGUCAAACAUGAGCCUGUUUCAUAUCCAGGUGAAGAUGAAGAUGAUGACGAUGAUGAUGAAGGAGGUGAAAAUGGAGAGCAGCAUCACAAUCAUCACAAAGUGGGAGAGGAAAGUGAAGGAGCAGAAGACAAGAGUGGCUCUGGGACAGAGGAAACAGGCAGCAGUGAAGGCCGCCCCUCCCCAACUGGACCUAUAGGCAGGUUCCACAUGUCUUAUGAGCCUGAGAGCUUUGGAGACAAUCUGUAUGUUUGCAUUCCCUGUGAUAAAGGCUUUCCGAGCUCAGAGCAGCUCAACGCACAUGUAGAGACACACACAGAGGAAGAGCUGUAUGGCAACUCAGGUGGAGAGAUGGGGAACGGCAAUAACGGCUGCACCAAAAACAAUAGCAGUAAUAUCAACGGAUAUGCAAGUCUUAAUAGCAGCAGUUUGAACAGUUUGUCCCACCUGGAAACAAAGUCUAGUCAAGGCUUAGGAGCGGGGAGCAUUGGCGACAUGAUCCGACCCUAUCGCUGCUCCUCAUGCGAAAAGUCCUACAAAGAUCCUGCCACUUUAAGACAACAUGAGAAGACCCACUGGCUAACAAGGCCCUACCCUUGCAGCAUUUGUGGCAAAAAGUUCACUCAGCGUGGCACCAUGACUCGCCACAUGCGCAGCCACCUGGGCCUGAAGCCCUUUGCUUGUGACUCCUGUGGCAUGAGGUUCACCAGGCAGUACAGGCUCACCGAGCACAUGAGGAUCCACUCUGGGGAAAAGCCCUAUGAAUGCCAGGUCUGUGGGGGAAAGUUUGCCCAACAGCGCAACCUUAUCAGCCACAUGAAGAUGCACAGUAGUGGGGGGACAGCAGGGGGGCUCACUGUGGAUGGCAAACUUAAGAUUGACUUUCCAGAGGGCAUUUACCCUCUGACUAAAUACACAGCCGAGCACCUCGGGCUGAAGCAGGAGAAAGCCAGCGAGCUUUUUCUACAAGCGCAGCAGCAGCUAGUGGCCGAUACCAAAGCCUUAGAGGGCCUGUACCCUCUGUCCAAACUGGCCUCAGAACACCUGGGGCUCCCCCUCGACAAGCUGGAGGCCCUGGGACAUCCCCUCUCCCUACCCCCCCAGACUAUCUCUGACAAUCGCACCAUCGACCGCUACUCCCCUUAA